UGCCGGCGCGGACAAAAUGCCGAGCCGCCCCCGCUCGGAAGGAGCCUGCUCGACGUGGGGCCACUCCAGCUCGCUCUCGCGUGUGACGGGGCGCGCUUGGCCAAGGCAGGCGGAGAAGGAGCCUCGCCGGCCGGGGAAAAACAGCGCCGGAGGAGCAUGUUGGCCCUGCACCCGCUCCCUCCGGAGGAAGAGCGCUACCGGCAAGUCCACGCCAAGCAGCCGGUUACUGUAAUAGAUGAAGAUAAUAUGGAGGAUGGCUGUUCUCAGAAACUCAUGUCUGGCAAAUACUUUCGAUUCUUGUUGCUGGUACUAAUUCCGUGCAUCUGCGCUCUUAUACUUUUGCUGGUGAUCCUUCUAACAUUUGUGGGUGUGUUGGGAAAAGCAUGCUUUUAUUCAAAUGGAAGUGACAUAUUUGGCACUGAUGGUGACACUGAAACAUCUGACACUCCUCUUCCAAACAUGACAGGAAGUAGCUUAAAUGUUGUUCCUUCAGUGGACAACAAAAUACAGCCACCAUCUUGGACAACAAACCCAAUCUUUCAUGUUGACCAAAUGCAUAAAAACUUUAGUAUACGUAAAGGAGCUACACAGCUUGUCUCUCAAGCUCCAGCACUGAAAACUAAUUCUACUGAUGAAAGAACUUUGACAAAUGCUCGUGGGGACACUUCCUGGUCAUCAGCCAAAACUGAGGAAACUCCAUGGGCCACGGAUAUAUCCAUCAAAGUGAUUGACAAGACAUCUUCCCUUCCUGUGCUAAAACCUACAAACCCAUCUGCUGUGCAAGGAAUGACUGUGAAAAAAAGUUUCUGCAUUAAUAUCACCUACAGCCAGUGUCAAAUGCUGCCAUACAACCGUACCACUUCAACACCAGUCCUUUCCAUUGUCAAAAGCAUUGAAAUUGAAAAAUUUAUCAAGUUCUUCGGUUAUCUCAAUCGCCUCAGCUGCUAUCAACACAUCAUGCUGUUUGGAUGCAGCCUUGCUCUUCCUGAGUGCAUCAGCAAUGGCGAUGACAGCCAUGGACUCCUGCCUUGCAGAUCAUUUUGUGAGGCUGCAAAGGAAGGAUGUGAACCUGUUCUUGGGAUGGUGAAUUCUUCUUGGCCAGAGUUCCUUGCAUGUUCCCAGUUCCAAAACAAAAGUGAAAAUGACAACAUUACCAAAGUCUGUUUCUCCCCAGAACAAGAAAGAGGAAAGCAAUUGCUUUGUGAUGGGGAUGAAAGCUUUGUAUGCAGAAGUGGAAUUUGUAUCCCGGGGAUACUGCAGUGUAAUGGCUACAAUGACUGUGAUGACUGGAGUGAUGAAGCAUCUUGCAAUUGCAGUGAAGGAGUUUUCCGAUGCAACACAGGAAAAUGCCUCAAUUACACUUUUGUUUGUGAUGGAUAUGAUGACUGUGGAGACCUAAGUGAUGAGCAGAAUUGUGAUUGUAAUCCACUAACUCACUACCAAUGUGGAGAUGGGAGAUGCAUAAGAAUGGACUGGGUAUGUGAUGGUGACCACGACUGCACAGACAAAUCAGAUGAAGUCAACUGCUCAUGUCACAGCCAAGGACUAGCAGAAUGCAAAAAUGGUCAGUGUAUUCCCACUGCUUUCCAGUGCGAUGGAGACAAGGACUGUAAGGAUGGAAGUGAUGAAGAAAAUUGUAGUAAAAGUCAGACACCAUGUCAGGAAGGAGAUCAGAAAUGUACUUCUGCUUCCUGUCCUGAUUCCUGUAGCUCCUCUCCUUUCUGUGACAUGAAUAACAGACAAGCAAAUUGUAGUCAGUGUGAACCAAUUACACUGGAAUUAUGCUUGAACCUGCCUUAUAACUACACUAAUUACCCCAACUACUUGGGCCAUCGAACACAGAAGGAAGCCUCAAUCAGCUGGGAAUCCUCUCUCUUUCCAGCUUUGGUUCAGACUAACUGUUACAAAUACCUUAUGUUUUUUGCGUGCACAAUUUUAGUGCCAAAAUGUGAUCUUCAAACCAAUCAACGUAUCCCGCCAUGCAGAACACUUUGUGAACAGUCCAAGGAGCGAUGUGAGUCAGUUCUUGGAAUUGUUGGUUUACAAUGGCCAGAAGAUACCGAUUGCUCUCAAUUCCCAGAAGAAAGCUCAGAUAAUCAGACCUGUCUUACACCUGACGAUGAUGUAGAAGAGUGCUCACCCAGUCACUUCAAAUGUCAUUCAGGGAGGUGUGUGCUGGCCUCUAGAAGAUGUGAUGGUCAGGCAGAUUGUGAAGAUGACAGCGAUGAAGAGAACUGUGGAUGCAAGGAAAGAGGUCUUUGGGAAUGCCCAACAAGCAAAUUGUGCAUCAAACAUACAAUGAUAUGUGAUGGAUUUGCAGAUUGUCCUGACAAUGCAGAUGAAAAAAAUUGCUCCUUUUGCAAAAAGGAUGAGAUUACAUGUGCCAACCAUGAUUGUGUGCCUCGUCAAGCUUGGUGUGAUGGGCAGAUACAUUGUGUUGAUAAAUCAGAUGAAUGGGACUGCGUAACCCUGUCUAAAAACACGAGCUCCUUGAUGUUCCUAACUGUUCAAAGGUCAGCCACCAAUUACCACGUAUGCGCUGAUGGAUGGGAAGAAAAUUUAAGCCAUUUGGCAUGCAAACAAAUGGGUUUAGGAGGACCACCUGUAACAGAAAUUGUCUCAGAGUAUGAGCAGCCCCAUCAUGAGAAAUGGCUGAAUUUGCAUUCUGACUGGGAAAGCAAAAACAUGUCCACAUUACAUGCCCAUUUGGUGACUGGAUUGCCAUGCAGAAGCAAGAGUAUGGUUUCACUUCUCUGCACCAGAGAAGAUUGUGGACGUCGCCCUGCAGCUCGUAUGAACAAGAGAAUCCUUGGUGGCAGAACCAGUCGCCCAGGACUGUGGCCGUGGCAAUGCUCUCUGCAGAGUGAGCCAAGUGGGCAUAUAUGUGGUUGCGUUCUCAUUGCAAAGAAAUGGGUCUUAACAGUGGCACACUGCUUUGAAGGAAGGGAAAACCCUGCAGCCUGGAAAGUAGUGUUUGGCAUCAACAAUUUGGAUCACCCUUCAGUCUUUAUGCAGACCCUCACAGUGAAGAAUGUUAUCCUGCACCCUCGGUAUAACCGUGCAGUAGUGGACUAUGAUAUAAGCAUUGUGGAACUGAAUGAAGACAUCAAUGAGACAAGCUAUGUGCGGCCAGUUUGCCUACCCAGGAGGGGCCAGCGAGUUCAGCCAGAUACCUAUUGCUACAUCACUGGAUGGGGACACAUGGGCAACAAAAUGCCUUUCAAACUUCAGGAAGGAGAAGUUCGUAUUAUUUCCUUAGAACAUUGUCAGUCGUAUUUUGACAUGAAGACCAUCACUGGCAGGAUGCUAUGUGCCGGUUAUGAAUCUGGCACUGUGGAUUCUUGCAUGGGUGACAGCGGGGGACCUCUUGUGUGUGAACAGUCUGCUGGACGCUGGACAUUGUUUGGUUUAACUUCUUGGGGCUCCGUCUGUUUUUCCAAACUUUUGGGACCUGGAGUUUAUAGCAACGUGUCUCACUUUAUUGAAUGGAUUGAAAGACAGAUCUAUAUCCACACGUUUCUGCUCCACUGAUUUUCCAGAAUAGAAAUGUUGUGCAAAGACAAACUCUGAGGGCACCAAAACCAUGAAGAAGAACUGAACAUAUCUGAUGAAUGAGAAAUUCUGUUUGUUUCAGGGCACAGGAUAUGGAACAACAUAUAGAAAUUUAUAUAUCCUCUUGUGCCAAAGAUGCUUCUGGGUAAUGAUGAUCAAAUAUUUUUGUAAUAAUUUCUGACUUUUUUUCAUUAGCAGUGUUGUGUUACUUUUCACAUACACUCAGAAAAAUGUAUAGAGGAAGAAUCAAAUGAUAUAAUAGAUUAUAUUCCAGAACAGAAUUAGGAGUACUGGAGAAAUGUUAGCUCAUCAAAAGAAAAAGAUUGCUGACAGAUAAUUUUGACUUCUGUCUCUUGCAGUGAACAGCUGGUGUAUUUUCAAGAGCAACUGCCAUAUCUAUGGAAAACAGUCUUUUUACGAGUUCAAAAUCCUUGUUUCUCUACAACAUCCAGGUCAACUUAAUUCUUAGUACAUGGCAAAAAAGAUAUCAAUCUAUGUCACCAUUGAGGCUAUGCACAGACCACAUGACAAAAAAGACUGCUUUAACAUUCAGAUCUGAUUUUUGUUGUUGUUCAUUUGUUCAGUCGCUUCCGACUCUUCAUUACCUUAUGGACCAGCCCAUGCCAGAGUUCCCUGACAGCCAUCACUACCCCCAACUCCUUCAGAGUCAAGCCAGUCACUUCAAGGAUACCAUUCA